AUGUCAGGUCUCCAUGAGGUCCAGACAGGCUCUGGCAAGUUAGCCAACAAGGUGGCCAUCGUCACAGGUGCCGCCUCUGGUUUUGGCCUCGCCUGCGUCCGAAAAUUCAUUGAUGAGGGCGCCAAAGUCGUCGCUGCGGACAUGAACGAGGCCGGUCUUCAGAAAGCCUACGCCAGUUCCGCCGACAGCCACGUUGCAACUGUUACGGCCAACGUCACUUCGUCCAGUGACUGGAGCAAAAUGGUUGACAUAGCCGUCUCCAAGUUCGGUGGGUUGGACAUCGUGGUUAACAACGCCGGAACAUCCUACAAGAAUAAACCUACACUGGAAGUUACAGAGGCAGAGUAUGACAGAGUCAUGGCUGUGAAUGUCAAGAGCAUCUUUUUGAGCGUCCCAGCCACGGUUCCUGCCCUGAAGAACCGGGGAGGUGGAUGUAUCAUCAACAUUGCCAGUAUAGGGGCCAUGAGACCCCGGCCAGGCCUGGUGUGGUAUAACGCGAGCAAGGGCGCUGUUGCGAAUGCCACAAAGGGUCUUGCUGCCGAGUUCGGCAAAGACCAAAUCCGAGUGAACGCCCUGUGUCCCUUGCUCUCCGGCACCGGCCUGUUCGAGUCCUUUGUGGGCGUGCCGUACAAUGAGGAAAACAUGAAGAAAUUCUUGUUCAACGUCCCGCUAGGCAGACUGACGGACCCCUCUGACGUGGCGAAUGUUGCGGCAUUUCUAGCCAGUGACGAGGGCAAGUUUGUCACCGGUGUGAAUCUGGAGGUUGACGGCGGCAGGGCUGUUGGCUCGUAG